UGCAGUAAGUUCUUGACAGUGCAGAGAAAGAAGAACACCAACAGCUGCUCUUGCAGGCGGAUUUUCUUUAGGAUCCUUACAAAGCUGCUUGCUGCUGUGUUUUUUUUUUUUUUUUUUGACUGCUGCUGAGGUGUUUGUGGUCCAGGAAAGAUCCUCAGCAAUGUUCGUCCCCAAGAAUCUGAAGCCUGGAACCCUCUCCAUGCAGCAGACUCCACUGACGUCCUUGUUGCUCUUGUGGAAGUCUAUGAUGAGUUCUUUUGUUUCUGGAGCAUUAAGGUCAGGUUGUUCCACACCGUUCUGUCAGUCUCUGGAUUUCAUCACUGUAUGCUGUUCCAGCUUUAACUCUGACUGGUACACAGAGCCGACACCGGAGACUCUUUUAUCACAUCAUACAAAUCGUCUCCUUCUAAAAUGUGCACGUCCCUGUGAACGAGCUGUUACUAUGGAAACGAAAAGGUACCAGAGUGAGUACAUUAAUAUAAACCUAAGCUCCAGACAGAGCUGCUGUUAGAGAGAAUUAAUCAACACCUGAACACCAAUCAGAGUCCAGAACUCAGCAGAUCUGUGGUGUAAACAUCAUAUGCAGUAUUUUUUAUUUGUAAUAAACUAAUGAGGUGUCACAGCAGUGCAGGGGAGAAGUGAUCAAAUAUCACAACAGUGCGGGUGAGAAGUGAUCAAAUAUCACAGCAGUGCGGGUGAGAAGUGAUCAAAUAUCACAGCAGUGCAGGUGAGAAGUGAUCAAAUAUCACAGCAGUGCAGGUGAGAACUGAUCAAAUAUCACAGCAGUGCAGGUGAGAACUGAUCAAAUAUCACAACAGUGCAGGUGAGAACUGAUCAAAUAUCACAACAGUGAUUUGGCAAAAAACAAUUUGUACAAAAGAAAGUUAAUACGUAAUAUAUUAUAGUUCUGUGCACAUAAUACACCCCUUGUGCACACACACAAAGCUGAGGAUCAAAAAAUAUCAGGUGAAGCUCCUGAAGAUGAAGGAGAACCAAGCGGAGAACCGGAGACGAAGAAGAGGAAAUUGGACGAGGAUAAACAGACAGGAGAGAAGAAGAAACAGAGAGGACAAAACAAGUCGAGACCUCGCCCGAAACCUCACAGCUACGAGGAACGAAAACUCUGUCCCUCAGUCAUACCGGUGUUUACACACACACACACACACACACACACACACACACACACACACACACACGUGCGCACGUACACACACACUCACAUGCACACACACACGCACACACACAUACACACACACACACAUGCACACUGUUUGUUUUAAAAUUGCUCGUAUUGUACAGUAAUUCAGAGAGUGUGUAAACCUGGGUGUGAACAGUAACCUUUUACACACACACUUUGCUGAAACUCUUAAGAUCAGAGUUCGAAGGUGAAGAUCUUAACAGGAAUUAAUAAUGAGGUCUGAAAGUCCGGUGUGCUUCCGAGUCGUUUUCCUGGUCGUCAUCAUCCUGCUGUGUGCUGAAGGAUUAUUCUACAUUCUGUACACACAUAAAACCACCAUGCACCACAACAUCGCUAAAGAAGAAGAAGAAACUCUAUGUUCUGCAAACCACAUCCUGCAGGACCAGGACACGGUGGUGUUGGUGUGGAUGUGGCCGUUUGGACACGAGAUGAAGCUGAGUUCCUGCAGCGAGUUGUUCCACAUCACUGGAUGUCGCCUAACUGAUGACCGACGUGAGUAUGACAAAGCUCACAUAGUCAUGUUUCAUCACAGAGACAUCUACAGAAACAUUUCUGAGCUGCUGAGGAUGAGGAGACCAGUGAUCCAGACGUGGGUGUGGAUGAACAUGGAGUCUCCUGCGAACUCUCAGAGACUAGCUCAGCUGGACGGCUUGUUCAACCUGACGGCAAGUUAUCGCAGAGAUUCGGACAUCUGGGUUCCUUACGGGAGAAUCGUAGCAGCAUCCAAGGAGCAUGAAACCUUUAAGAUCCCACACAAGGACAAAUUAGUCUGCUGGAUCGUCAACAACUGGAACUGGAGCUUUAAAAGAGUUCGAUAUUUCACUGAGUUACAGAAACACGUCUGGAUUCACACGUACGGCGGAGCCUUUAAAAAACACCUAAGUGUUAAAGAGUACUAUAAAACCAUAUCGAGCUGUAAGUUCUACUUGUCCUUCGAGAACUCCAUUUACAAAGACUACUUCACAGAGAAGCUGUUUAAUCCUCUGAUGUCUGGCACAGUUCCUGUGGUUCUCGGUCCACCCAGGGAGAACUACGAGGAAAUUAUUCCCUCAGAUUCAUUUAUUCAUGUGGACGACUUCAAAUCUCCUCAGGAACUGGCAAAACAUCUCAAAUAUCUGAACCAGAACCAGGAGGCUUAUGAACGCUACUUCACCUGGAGACAACACUUCACUGCUGAACGUUCAUAUUUCGGUCUAGAACACGCAUGUCGAAGUUGUGAGCAUAUAAAGAACAAUAAGGCGUACAGAGUGUUUAAAAAUCUCAGUAAGUGGUACUGGGGUUAGCUUUUAGCUGAAAGCUUCAGUUCACACAAAGAAUUAUUAAACUCAUAAAUCUAGAAAAGUCCCAAAACAUCUUUUUUCUUUUUUUUUUUAAUGAAA